GGUGAACCCAGGCCUCCCAACCACAGCUGACCUGUAUGUUCUACCACUGGACAACAAGCCAGCCAAGGGGAGUAUAUUCGUAGAUAAGCGUAUUCCAGCAGUCGCGCAAGCUUUCAACGACAAGAACAUCAGCUUCAUGGUCCGAGGAGGUCUACGGGUGCUGGUGAUGUUAGCUGACCCAAAUGCAGGCUACCAUGGAACAGCUGGAGGUCCAGGUGUUUGGGCACUAGCUGUCAUAUUCCUAAUAAGCAUCAUUGGCACUGGCUCAUUCAUUCUUUACAAGUUUAAAAGUCCUUGGCUUAGGACUGAGGAUGCCUAUCCUCCACUGUUUUUUAGAAAGCUUCCCGGAAACCGCAACAUCUAUGCCCAGAUGCACAAUGAGAAGGAGCAGGAGAUGACCAGCCCUGUCAACCACAGCGAGGACACCCAGCAUAUCAUCCAAGGCGAGGAGUUUAUCGACGACGACCUGGACUCGCAGACUCUAGGCAACCACUCAGGUGUGAUCCUGAGCAUCAACUCCAGAGAAUUACACGGUUACCUGAGCAGCUGAUGGCUGACAGGGCAAUGCUGACGGGCUAGCCCAGCCUAGCCGAGCCAGCUAACAAGCACAGGGACUCUGACUUACUCCUCUUCUUUUUCCCUUUUCCUUCAUCCACGUUGGAAAAACAUCAGAUCUACC